GGCAAAAGUUUAAGUGAAAAUAGCAAAAUAAAAAUGCGAUAAAAGGAAAAAAAAAAGCAACAAAAUCUGCAUUUCUUUGGGGAUGGAUCGAAGGGAUUUAGAGAGUUUUAUGAAGAAAACAGAAGAAAGAAAUUCAGAUGAAGAAGAUGGAUUUAAAGAAAAUUUUGAGAAAAUUCACAAUAAUUAUGAAAAACAGGGGGCAACGGAUAACGCAAUUCAGCUGUUUCUCGAUCACAUUCCUCUCUACGUGAUUCCAGGAAUUCAUAAUUCUUCAGUGCCGGAGCUUAGGCCUGAAGAUUGUGUACGUGAUGCAAUUGCUUCCAUGCAUGAGCGGUGUAUUCUUGGUGCCCCCAUUGGUGUAGAUGCUGAUUCGAGUACUGAAAAUUCUAUGGAUCGUGAUAUUGGUUUAAUCGAGUUCUCGAGUAUGGUCCUAUGGGCCAUUGAGGAAGUUGAGAAGGCUGAGUCGGAAUUAUGUAGCAAGAGUGGUAGUUUCUUUUCGAUGCUAGAUCAGCUUCCAAAUAUUGGCCGAGCAAAGAUUGGCGAACUGGCGAGGACAUUCCGAUGGGGUCCCUUCCUCCCAGUGCAAUUGAGUGACUCUCUACUUCAUGUCUUGCUACUUUUAUCCAAACACCGACUAAAGGCAGCUCCAGUGAUUGACCGGUCAGAUUCUCGAAUUGUUGGAUUUGUUACACAGCAUGCAGCUGUGCAGCUAUUACUUCACUGUAGUGGCUUGGAAUGGUUUGAUAGCAUUGCAAACAAGCCUCUCUCCGACUUCGGGUACGAGAAAAGGGGCCCUGUGAUUCACUUACAUGGAGAUCAGAGUGUAGCGGAAGGUUUGCACUGUCUGUGGAAGAAUCGAAUAGGUGGCAUCCCCAUCCUUGACUCCAAAACUGAAAGACUGAUUGGAAAUUUCAGGAGCACAGAUGUCCGACUUCUACUUGACAAUGAUGACAUCUUUAAAAACCGGAAGAAGCUAACAAUGGAAGAAUUCAUCAACUUCGAUGCCAGAAACGAGAACUCAGGCUUAGCCCCUUUGGACCCCAUUGAAAGAGAGCUAGGGGCUCUCUUCUCUGCAGGAGCUCUCCGCAUAAAAAGCCAUUUUCUUACAAAAAUGGGAAAUCCAGUGACCAACAGACUUUCAGACACGCUAAAACAAGCCAUGGAGAAAGUGGCAGAGUCGAAAAACGAUUGCCUCUUUAUUAUGAAUGAUGGCCAAAGGGUGGUGGGCAUGGUGACUCUUAGAGACAUGAUUGUCCAAUUUUCGCCACCCUCUCUUGAGUCCAAAGGUGUAGGUGGAGUUGCAGGGUUCUUCGAAACUGCAUUUCAACAAUCAGAUUGCACAAUUGAGAAUGGAUCAAUUGUAUGUGACCAUUGAAUUUCUAAAAUUCUGGGAGACAUUCUUUGGUGUAUUGUGCGUGUGCUGCAUCAUCUUUGAGGUGUAUGGACUUUUGGUCGAUGAUGUAAUUAAUUAUACUUAACAUAUAUCAGCCACGGAGAGGUACAUUAAAUAUUGACCAUCUCAAAUUGGGAAUGGAUGGUGGAUGCGAGAGAAAUGCCUCUAUGAUUUGUCCGUUUUUGAGUUUGUGGUCGGUAGAGGAGUAUGGGCCAUAUUAACUUGUUGGAAAGCAGAUGCUGCUGGUGAUUAAUUGUAACCCUUUAUUUCUUCUGCAUAAAUGUGUAAUAUCAUAUUUAGUAAUUGAGGAGAAUGGGUGCUUUACCCAUUGGUAAAAAUGUAAUAUCAUUAAUCAGGCAUAUUAGUGCUAAUAAAUGACUAAGUAAUUUUGACAAAAGAAUAGAAAGAUAUCCCAUUAUCUGAAAAGUAAACAGGGUACAAAAUAGGACCAUAGAAACUCAAGUAAUCAGAAAAGUUGUGUGCGAUUAAUCAAGGAACUCGGAAAGUAACAAAACCAUAAGCAAACCCUAAAAAUAAUUAAUCUGGAAAUCAAAUAUUAACAUAAUCCAUUGAGACGAUGGAUGCAGACAA